AUGAGGCCUGGGCGAGCUCUUCGAUUCGUGGCCCUCGCCCUCGGCGGGAUGUCGCUGUCCUCUGCUGCGAGCUUCUACAACAACACGCGCGAUCGUCUGCUCGAUUGCCCCGGGUACCGUACGGUCAAGGAAACCAAGGUUGGCGGCGGCGGCUAUCUGGAACUGGAACUCGACGGGGAACCGUGCAAUGUCUACGGCAAGGAUAUUCGGCGCCUCCAAGUCAACUGGACCGUGGAAAGUCGCGAUCGCAUUCACGUCGUCAUCUUUGAUGCAGAUCAGGAAGCCUACCAGGUUCCCGAAUCCGUCUUUCCGCGCCCCGGUCGUAGCAGCAGCCUCGGUCCGAAGCUGGAGUUUGAUUACACCCCAAGCCCCUUCACUUUCAAGAUCUUUCGCAGGAGGGACGAGUCGGUCCUCUUUGACUCCUCUGCAGCAGGUAUGGUCUUUGAGGAUCAGUACAUCCGUUUGCGCACUGCCCUGCCCUUCAACCCCAACCUGUACGGCCUAGGAGAGCACUCUGAUUCCUUUCGGCUCAAAAACACCAACUACACGCGUACGCUGUGGAAUGCCGAUAGCCCUUCUGUCCCCAAGGGCUGGAAUCUCUACGGCAGCCACCCCAUGUACUUUGAACAGCGUUCAAGGUACACUCACGGCGUCUUCAUGCUCAACUCCAACGGCAUGGAUAUCGUCGUCGACCGCGACGAGUGGAGCGGCUUUCUAGAGUACAACAUGGUCGGCGGAGUCAUCGACUUGUGGUUCUUUGCCGGGGAAUCGCCCGUCGACGUCGCCAAGCAGUAUUCCCUCGUCACACAGCCCCCGGCCAUGGUGCCCUACUCUGCCUUGGGAUUCCACCAGUGCCGAUUCGGCUACCAGGAUGUUUUCAACGUUGCCGAGGUCGUUCACAACUACAGCAAAGCCGGUAUCCCUCUCGAGACCAUGUGGACGGAUAUUGACUACAUGGAUGGACGGACUGUCUUCACCGUGGACCCUCAGCGGUUUCCCUUGAGCAAAAUGCGUCAGCUUGUAGACCACCUCCACGCCAACAACCAAAAGUUCGUCCUGAUGAUUGACCCCGGCAUUGCUUCCAAGGACUAUGGCCCCUACAAAAGAGGCCUAGACUAUCCGCCUUCCUUCCUCCUCAACGCGAGCAUGUUACCCUACGAAGCCGUCGUGUGGCCAGGCCGCACAGUCUUCCCGGACUGGUUCGCCUACGGCGUCCAACAGUACUGGAACAAGGAGUUUGAGCUUUUCUUCAACCCCUUAACAGGCAUCGACAUUGAUUUUUUGUGGAUUGACAUGAACGAGCCCAGCAACUUUUGCGACUGGCCGUGCACCAACAUUGACGAAGUCGCUGCGCUGUAUCCUCCUCCUCCGCCGCCUGUUCGGACACCGCCGAGAGAGCUGCCCGGGUGGCCGUGUGGCCUCCAGCCGCCAGGUAAAAAUUGCACCUUGAAAAUCGAACAGAGGCCCCGAUUGAAAGCCCGGACCUGGGACGCCUGGCGUCACUGGAAAUGGAAAAUGAGGCGGAGUCAUUAUCCCCAGCCCAAUAACUUUGAGCAGCCUCUGCUGCCCGACAUUGGCCCCAGUACGCGAACGACGCCACAGUGGAAGGACAAAUUCCUAGGCUUCCGGAAUCGUUCUCUCACCGACCCUCCGUACACGAUCAACAACGCCUGGGGUCCGCUGCCCCAAAAGACGAUCGACACGCGCCUCAUGCACUUGAACGGCCUCAGGCUCUACGAUACGCACAAUCUCUACGGGACCAUGAUGGCUGCUGCGUCACGCAGAGCCAUGAUCGCUCGGCGCCCUGACAGGCGGCCCUUGGUCGUGACUCGCUCUACCUUUGCUGGUUCUGGAGCCCACUCCGCGCACUGGCUGGGCGACAACGACUCUAGCUGGGAGCACUACCGCCUGAGCAUCCGGCAAAUGCUGCAGUUCAACUCCAUGUUCCAGGUCUCCAUGGUCGGGUCCGACGUCUGCGGCUUCAACGGGGAUACCAACGAGGAGCUCUGUGCGCGCUGGGCGAUGCUCGGGGCCUUCCAGCCAUUUUACCGCAACCACAACUCAGAGGGACAGGUCGACCAGGAGUUCUACCGGUGGCCGGUGGUGACUGCGGCCGCGAAGAAGGCCAUCGACAUCCGGUACAGGCUGCUCGACUACUUCUACACGGCCAUGAUGCAGCAGAGCCUGGAUGGGACGCCCUCCAUCAACCCCAUGUUCUACUUUUACUCCAACGACGCAAACACGUGGGGGCUGGACCUGCAGUACUUCUACGGGCCCGCGCUUCUUGUCGCGCCCGUCACGACGAAAGGAGAGACGAGCGUCAACAUUUACUUCCCCAACGACAUCUUCUACGACUUCUACACGUACGAGCAGUAUUACGGGACGGGACAGUGGACCAUCAAGAGGAACCAGAGCACGACGGAUAUCCCGCUCUACAUCCGGGGUGGGCAGAUCAUCCCGAUGCGCGCAAGCAGUGCCAUGACAACGGCCAAGCUUCGCGAGCAGGACUUUGAAAUACUCGUUGCUGUCAACUUCCAGGGCAGGGCCACGGGAACAUUGUACCUGGACGACGGGGAGUCCCUGCUCGGGGAACGCUCGACAAUCAAGUUCUCGUACAAGAAGGGCAAGCUCCACCUCCGCGCAGACAUGAAGUACAAGACCAACGCGAAGAUUGUCAAGGUCACAGUCUUGGGCAGUUACAAAUGCGGGCCGGGGGAGUCUUCGUGCUCGAUGGAGCUGAACCACCCAGUCGGGAAAAAACUCGUGUUAGACAUCUAG